AUGGCAAUGGCAUCCACUCCCUCCAACCCCACCAGCCGCCUCCGCCGCGAGGCCGUGGUCCGUGCGGUGGCCGCGCUCCUCAGAUGGCUCCAGAAGCACCCUACCCCGGCGCCGGAGCCCAUAUACCUCAUCGUCACCGUCAAGAGCGCUCCCGUCCGGCGCUUCGAGCACCAGCUCCGCCUCCCGCACUCCCCGUUCCCCUCCAUCUCCCUUGUCUCCGACCGCUUCCCCGCCGACCUCCCCGACGACAUCGACCCGCUCCCUUCCUCCGCGCUCCGAUCCCUCCCCGCGGCCACGCGGCGCGGCCUGAUCCUCGUCGACCGCCGCCUCAGGGUCCCCGGCGGCAGCGGCAAGGCGGCGGGCGCCAAGCGCGGCGUGACCGUGCCCGUGGACCUGUCGGACCCGGCGUGGGCGGAGUCCGCGAGGGAGGCGGCGCGUUGCGUGGAGCUGCGGGUGGAGGGCGGGACUUGCCGCGCCGUGCGCGUGGGCCACGGCGCGAUGGCGCAGGAGGAGGCCGUGGAGAACGUGGUGGCCGCCGUGGAGGCGGCCGCCGCGUGCGUACCGAGGAAGUGGCGGAAUGUGCGGGCGCUGCACGUGAAGUCCCCCGAAUCGACCGCGUUGCCGCUCUACUCCGCGCCCGGCACCGGCGUGGAGGACAACGACGGCGACGGCGUCCUGGAGGCUGCGAAGCCGGAGGAGGGCACGCCGACGAAGGAGGAGCAGGGAAGAACGAAGAGGAGGAAGAAGAGUGGCAUGGGCUGUAAUUAG